CAGGACAGGAUUGAAGUUCAGCGCAACACACGGUGCUUGUGGCAAGAUACCACGCUCGUGUAGUGGAUUGGCAUGCCAGAUUUCGCAGCACUCACAGAUCAUGAAGGGGAGUAUAUAAUCCCUUGGGCCAGUUGGCAGGAAGACCAUCCUCACCCCACUUUCAAGUUCUACAUACCAUCGACCCGGCGUCGAAAAGCCUACUUUAAUUCCAGUGCUUCUUCACCUUCACUUGCUACUCUUCACAGUUCUUAUCUGUCGCAAUGGCCCGCUUCUUCGCCACCGCUACGUUCUUGACCUAUGUUUCUCUCGUUGCCUCUGGACUUGCCCAUGCAGCACCCGCCCGUCGCCAGCUAGGCAACCUCGAGUGCAACAUCGACCGUGCCGAGAUCAUCUUCCACGUCGCCACACUCUCCGGCGUUGUCAACACUCUUGGGAACAACACGAACCUUGUUGCCGCGAACAACACGGUCGAUGCCGACGUCAUGGCUUUGCAGUCGGGCACCCAGGGCGCGGGUGCUGCCAUCAAGCAGAUUGUCAUUGCGCUCAUCAAUGGCGAGGUCGCUGACCCGGACUUGCGGGACCAAGUUGGAGGCAAUCUCACCGUCAUUCAGGGCGCGUUGGGCGAUCUUUCCUCCACGGACAACAGCACCUCCGCGUUGCUGGACAUGGCGCUGACCGAGUUCACCAACUCGGUGAACGCAGCGAACGGCGUUGUCAACAACUGCAAGUAACCGGAGGGAGAGCUCGCGUCGCGCGUCUCCUUCAGGGUUUGAGACAUGAGUUGAAAUUCGCUGGACGAUGUUUAAAUGGACAAUAUGAUUAUACGAUCAGUGAUCUCCUUAUUGUUCAAAUACUAUUGCGGC